CCGAAGCGCUGUGCGGGCAGAGGGGGGCCAACAGUGACUCAGCCGCUUUCUGAGACCGUGACCGCGCCCUCAGCCUUACUCUCUCGGUCACGCCGCAAUGCCAGGGCCUGCGCUCCCUCUUCUCCUCCUUGGGCUGCUCAGCUGCUUCCCCCCAGGCUCGGGAGCCGCCUCUCCUCUUUUCCAGCCGCCACCCUUGCUGGUCACCUGCUUGGGCCCUCACGGAAACAUCUCGCAACAGCGGGACCACGAGGAGCGCUGGGUCUCGUGCCUCUGGAGCAGCACCAUGAAGCUGCGUUACCAGCCAGCCCCAGGAGGGCAACCCAAAGCAGAGGUGAAGCCACAGCCCCCACCACAUUGCUUCUGGUACCUGAACUCAACCUGGGUGAAGAACACCUCUCGCUGGUGGGGGCAGGUCAUACUGCAGACAGGCCUCCUUCCAGGAAGCACUCCACCACCCACAGCCUCCAGCUUCAUUACAGUGCAGUGCUCAUCAGCUGCAUGUGCGGCACCUGAGUGCCUUCAUCACAACUUGAGCAUUGAGAUGUCUAGGCAGGAUAUGCGGCUCUUUGUACUUUGGCCACAGACUCACCUGAUCCAUACAUGGCAGCCAGUAGAGCUGGGCUGGUGUGCACGCCUCAAGAGUGCAAACUGGCAGUACCGUUUCAGCAGCCGCGGAGGCAACCCAUCUGCCUUUCUCAUUCCCAGCAAUGAGCAUGAAGACACACUACCACCCUCUGUUUACCCAAGGGCCGAGUUGCAACAGGCUUGUGCCACCUACUACAGCUACCAUUUGACUGUACGCUACAGACACCACGGGCUCUAUGUAGCUUCCGUCAGCAUUGAGCAGAUGCCUCAGAUAAGCCUCAAUCUCUCUCUUAAAAUAGAGCCUAACUUGCUGCAUGUCCUCAGUAUCAGCUCCAAGCUGCUUAGCGUUCCUCACCAGUCCCUUAGCCUCUCCUGGAGCCUUCAGCCCCUCGCACUUAGGACGCUGGCCUACAGGCUGGUGGACACACAGGGUAUAGGAGGCUGGUUCAGUUCCUACAAUUCUUUUACUUUGCAGAGCAACUUCUGUGCUGCACCCGCUCUUCAGAGGCUUGGUGAGAUGGUGGUGGCCAGCCUCUACUUUCAGGCUGAUGGAAAGAAGUUCAAAGAAUUGACAGGAGAAUUACAUCUGUUCAAUGGUACACUGGGCCUAACUGCAGGCGGAGAAACUCCUACCUAUGUCAGCCUUCACCCUGGCAAAACCAAGAGAGGCAAUCACAUUUUCAGAUACAACCAUGGAACUUUUUAUGCAACCAAAGAAAACAACAGCAGCAUUUCCACAGAUGGCUCUAACACACACUAUGUAUUCUACCAACACCAGGAGCUUUCCUACUUAUUCUCCAUUGAGUUUGUGAAGUUUCAUUGGUAUAAGUUCAAUAUCUACCUUUACAUGCAUCAGAAAAGGGCUUUGUUUAGGUCUCUGGUAGACAGAGAUCUUGAAGUCCACAUUUUCAACAGCAGUCCUUCGUUUCGGCAGAGCUUUAUUUAUUUAGUGUGGUUUAUUCCUGUACAACAUCCUAUGCUACAAUGUGAGUGGACUUUCAAUCUCCAGCUUUUUGGAACCAAAAGAGACCAUCUUAUUCAGAAUAACACUUACACAUACAAUGAUCAUGUAAGAAAUGCCACACGUUUUGUCCGUCGCUCUGCUUUACCUUUUGAUCCUGAGAAGUACGCAGGGUUUGUGGCAAAAGUGAAUUGCACUAGGAGUGGGCUUACACCUGCUCUUUUAAGAGUCAGAGUCAAUAAUUAUGCUUCAAAAACCAUAGAAUCAUUGGUGGCUUGUCAGAAAAAGCCCUGUCGGAUUGACAUGGUUUGGAUCCAGAGACCUGUUCUUCACACCUCUCUCUUACGUCAUAAAAAGGGGGCAUCUUUUUACCUGUUUGUCAAACUGCUAGUAGACUGCAAUGUAGGUAUAACUAUUAGGCCUCUGUGGCGAAUCUAUCCUGUUGAGGACACAAAAGCUAUUCCAGACUGGUCAAGACCUAUAAACUCAUCUAUGAUGUAUGGUGUAAAUACAAUACGCAUAACUGUUCCCAGUUUUACUUUAGAUUAUGGGUUGUAUCUGUUUUAUUUCUCUGUCAAUAUAACUCCCGUCUGGACCAAAACGAUUCUCAGGGGCUCAGAUAAAAUUCAUAUUCAGAUUGACAGAACGGAUCUAGUUGCAAAUAUUGCAGGAGGUACAUUCCGAACAGUGGGUUUUUCUGAUAAGUGGACUCUUGAUGGCUCUUCAUCUUAUGAUCCUGAUUCAAACAAAGGACUAAAGGGAAUCCAGUUUACGUGGUACUGCACUAAAAGGGUAUCAGACUAUGCAAAAAUGAAAUUGAGUGUAGGAAAGAAAUGUCAUCCAGCCCAGAGAGAUUUGAAAUGGUUAACAUCUUCAGGUCCAGUUCAGGCAGUGGCACCAGAAACCCUCCGAGGAAACACUAUAUAUUACUUUCGUCUGGUGAUUCGAAAAGACACAAGACAGAGUUAUGCUGACCAAACUGUACAUGUGAAGCCUGGAUCCCCACCUCUUCUGAAUGUGGUAUGCAUUGAAAACUGUGGUAGAACUGUAAUCCCAACAGAAAGACUUACAUUAUCUGGAAAGUGCCUAAACUGCAGAAUAAGCAGCCAACCAGUCUAUCACUGGUCCCUUUUUUCUACAGAAAAUAAUUCUACAGAAAUUAGAUUUGAUUGGUCUUCCAGAACCUCAACAGGGAGGUCUGGGGCUUACCUGUCUAUACAUGCUCUGAGCUUUAUGAGUACUGCCUAUCGAUCCUGUGUACUUCUACUAAAAGUAAGUACUUGGGAUGGUAGGUCAUCAAUCUACAGAUACUCGUUUAAAAUAAAUUCUCCUCCACGGGUUGGAAAGUGUACCAUCAAGCCACACUGGGGAAUCGCAUUUGUGACAAAAUUUGUUGUUCGAUGCAGAGGAUUUUCUGAUAGCAAUUUACCUCUGACCUAUAAAGUAAUAGUAGCUUCCGAUGUACCAAAAACUACCAAAAUAAAUUCUGUAGAGGAAAAUACAUUUGGCACAAUUCUGUAUUUUGGUUAUCAGCCUGAAACUCCUCCAUCUUUUCUCCCAGUUGGAGUACCCUCUCAGAAGUAUACUUUGACAAUUUAUGUUCAAGUCUAUAAUUCCCUUGGGGCAUUUACCCAAGUGAGCUUAUAUGUAAAAGUGCAGAACCCAGUUGAAAGUCGACCACUGGCUAUUGUGUUUCAUGAACUACUUGCCUCAGUAAGUGGUUCAAGUGCACCAAUGACAUCUUAUCUCCAAACUGGAGAUUAUUUUAAUGCAGGAUAUUUGGCUUACAUUGCAGCCUCAGUCUUAAAUUAUAUUAAAGGUGCACCAACUCUCCAAAUAUCUAAGGCUCAACUUCGGGAAAACCUCAUUAAAAUAGCCGUGAAGAUUUCAACUGAGAGCACAGUAGAAAUUAAUCAAGUAGUUGCUUCUAUUUUUCAAGUCACAGAGGAAGCUGGUGAAAUAAAUGUCAGAUCACAAGAGCUUGCCAUUAGGAAACUGAGAGAAGUAACUGAAGUGCUGAAAAUACAAAGGAAUGAGAGCCAUUGGUCUGAACAAACAGAAAUUCAGACCAGUGGAAUACUAAGAUGCUUGUCCAACAUCCUGAGAGCUUCUCUUUUACAUCGGAGGAAUGUCAACGUAGAUGGAAUUAAACAAGUUUUCUCCAUCAUGGAAAAUUUAACCGAUGUAGUUUUCCAGGGCAAAGUCCCUGGAGAAAUUGAAACUGUAAUGGAAACAAAAAACUGGAGUAUCACUUUGAACAAAAAUGAAAAUUGGAAUGCUACAAAUGAUUUCUCUACCAGAAAAAACUGCAAGAAUUGUUUUUAUCCAAAGCUGAAAAAAGGGAAUUAUUCAGAAUUGCCCAGGGAUGCUGUGGUUUCCACUGCCCUUUAUGAGUUUAAUGAGAACCCGUUCCCUUGGUUAGGUUAUACAUCAGAAAUCAAAACAACGGUGUUUGGGUUCAAAAUGACAGAGACCAAGGCUAAUGGGGAUCUAAUCGGGAUCACGCCUGAAGGGGCAGACAUUAUUAUUGCUAGGAAAGAUAAGGAAUCUUCAACUUUUCAGUUAGCGAUAGGGCCUGAUAAAACACAACAUUACACAACUGGAGGAUUUAGUGUUGAAGUGAACAGAAAUACCAAGGAGGUAUAUAUCCAGAUUGUGACAAAAUUAAAAGUUACUUUCAAGGUGUUAGUAUUUGCAGGUGCUAAUGUCACUCAUGCUUCUCCUAUAGCCACUUUUUCUGCGUUUCACAACAUGCCAACAGCUGCAAGCAAAAAUAAGCCAUCUCAUGCUGACUGCAACAUUAAGGCUCCUUACGUUAUCUGUCUCCCAAAGUCACUGUUGAGAGUCACAGCCCAAGAAAGUGGUACUGACAGUACUGGUAGUCAUAAUAUCUCUAUCAUCCUGCUGUCACACUAUGUGGUAAGGUAUCAAAACACGAGACUAGUGAGCAUAUCCAUUUUUAGUGAUCAGUGCUUAUUUCUGGAUGGAGUUCAAAGUCACUGGAAAGAAGGCAUGUGCAGGCUUGGCUCUUUUACCGAUUGGCAAAGGGUGCAUUGCAUCUGCAAUAUGAAGUGGAGUCCCAGAAGACUGUUAAACCACACAGCAUCAAACACAUCCACUUUCAACAUCAGGUUCCUGGCAGCCAAAGUAAUAGUUACCCCCAACACAGUAGAUCUGGAAAAAUCCUUGAUAGCAGACAUACCUAAAAACCCUGUGACCCUUUUAACAGUGCUCUUUAUUUUUUUAGUCUACUUUCUUUUGUCCUUCUGGGCCGUGAAAAAAGACAGGGCUGAUAGAAUCAGCAAAGACAGGAUUAUCGUUCUGCCAGACAAUGACCCCUUUGACAAAGUGUGCUUUUUGCUCACUUUAUACACAGGCAGUCGCUUGGGAGCUGGAACCACGGCAGAUGUUUUUCUUCAACUCAUUGGUCAGGAUGGCACAAGUGAUGUCCAUUGUUUACAACACCCACAUUUUCCAUCUUUCCAUCAGGGAAGCACUGACUCUUUUUUGUUAACUACUAAGAAAGAUUUAGGAGACAUUUGUGCCUUGAGGGUCUGGCACAAUAACAAAGGCCCUUCUCCAAGCUGGUUCUUAAGCAGAGCCAAAGUUGAAAAUAUGUACACUAAGAAGAUCUGGUUCUUUAUUUGCAGGAAAUGGCUUGCUCUUGACAAGGGCGAUCACUUACUAGAAAGGACAUUUACUGCCAUGAAUCCAAAAGCACCUCUAUCCAGAAUCGACUAUUUUUUUAUUAAUCUUGCUGAAAACCUGAUAGAUGGUCAUCUGUGGUUCUCGAUUUUUGCUCAUAUUGUCACUGGCACUUUCAGUAGGCUCCAAAGGUUAUCAUGUUGUUUAGCAAUAUUAUUAUUAAACCUGCUUGUUAACAUUAUGUUCUUUAAUGCUGACAAGAGUGAAGAAUCUCCACUACACUUGAGGUAUUUGAGAUCAAUAGCAGUAGGAGUUGAAAGUGCUUUGGUUACCAUACCUGUGCAAAUGAUUAUAAUUGCCUUCUUCAGGUAUUCCCAGAAGGAACCUUCUUCCUGGGGUGUGGCUCAGAAGCACCCAAAGGAAAGUCCAGCCCUCAUGUCUGGAAAUCUUAAGAACUGGAAGGAACACUUACAAAAAUGGUACCUUUCAGAAACUUCAGCACAGCCUAAGAGUACUAGUUCCUUGGAGAACUUUCCUGGUGCUAGUAAUUCACAGAGCUUCCAGAAUUACAGAAAGAUAAUAAGCCAAGGAACUCCCCAAAACUGGAGUAACUGCACAAUUUCCGAAAGAGAUGCAAAUGUAAUUGCAGCAGAGAAGGACACAAGAACACAGGCUAAGGCCUGGCAGAGAAGACAACCAUCAAAUUCCAAUUUUAGUAAUAAUAAUGCAGAAGAAGGAGACAACUUUCAGAGAGAAAGGAAACCACUAAGUAUCAUCUCCAUGCCCUUUCGCAAGAGACCACAGAUAGUUUUUUGCUGGUGGUGUGUCUAUCUCUCUUGGAUAUUAAUUAUAGCUGUAACUGGGCUAUCGUCAUUUUUCAUUGUAUUAUAUGGUUUGUCUUAUGGCUAUCAGACUUCAUUAGAGUGGCUUUUAGCAUCUGUAAUUUCCUUUUUUGAGAAUGUGUUUCUUCUUCAAACCCUAAAAAUAAUUUUUUUCUCAGCAGUGAGUACAGCUAGUCCAAAAUACUGUGAAAACAUCACAUGGUUAACUCGGGAAAAUUAUUCUGAAAUUAAGUUGGAUAAAGCAACUAUGAAUGCAGAUGAGAUGAGAGAGAUGCACUGUAAACUUGUUGAAAUCAGAGGCAGUAAGCAGUAUAAGCCUUUAGAAGCUGAUGAAAUUGCAAUCAUGUUGAAAAGGGCAAAAAUUAAAAACAAUGCACUUGUUUUUCUAAAAGAUUUCAUCAGUCACCUUGUUUUUUUGAUACUUAUAUUAAAUCUUGCCUAUUCCACUGAGAACAUCAAUAGUUUUCACUACAACCAAUUUAUUCAUAAUCAGUUCUCUCUCAGACUCUCCAGUGUAGAUAGGCUAGAACAUAUUUACACAUGGGUGAAUGGUGUGUUCUUGCCUUUGAUCCAUAAUGACAUUCAGCCGACCUUUCUUUCUGAUAGCUGGUCCAAAAUCGUUGGUUUGCCUAGGAUGAGGCAAGUACGGGCUAAAGAUACAGAGAAAAAAUGUUUUCAUCCUCACAGCUUUGUGAAUAAAUUUGUGAUCAGUAAAAGCCCCUGUCUUCACAAAUACGGCAGUGACAUCCAAGAGAAAGGUGACUAUGCUGGCACUUGGACAAAGAUUGCCAAUCAUUACGUUUCCAAGGAUGCCAGCAGUUAUACUGGAUUUACUUACCAGCCAAACAAGACUCCAUGGGUGUAUUACUCAUAUGGAGAUUUGCACACAUAUGGACCAGCAGGAUACACUUUUUACUUUUUCCCUGCAGAAGGAAGACCCAAUUCAACGACGAGGCUGGAUGUUUUACAAAAGAGCAGUUGGCUUGAUGAAAAGACAUGGGCUGUGAUCAUUGAACUAACAACAUUUAAUCCAGAUGUACAUCUGUUUUGCUGCAUCUCAGUCAUACUAGAAGUUUCUUAUUUUGGGAUCAUCAACCCAAGCUUGUCAGUACAUUCUUUUGCUCUCCCCAUUUUUCAACAGCAAACUAAAGCUCAAAUGUUUGUGUUUGUAAUUGUCCUUGCCUUUCUCUUCAUUUACAUUGCAGACGAGCUUCACACCAUAGGCCAAAAAAAGAAAGAAUAUAUUAAAAAUAUUUCCAAUAUAAUCAACUUAGGUUUAAAAUCAGUAUUCUUCCUUUUUGUGUUUUUAAAGGUCAUAAAGUUUAAGAUGGGAGCAGAUAUUGUGAAAUUUUAUUUACUUCAUCCAAAUGAUUUCAUUCAUUUUCAUGCAGUUUCUCAUUUAGAUCAGAUUUUAAGGAUUACUAUGGGUUUUUUAGCAUUUCUAGCAGUUUUGAAAACUCUAAGAUAUUCCCAAUUCUUUUAUGAUGUGCGCCUGGCACAAAGAUCUAUCUUGGCAGCUCUUCCUGGAAUCUCCUCCAUGGCCCUGGUGGUGGUGGUGUACUUCUUUGUAUUUAUGGCUUUUGGCUACCUUGUGUUUGGACAGCAUGAAUGGAAUUACAAUAAUAUGAUUCACUCAGCUCAGACUGUAUUCUCUUACUGUGUCUCAGCUUUCAGAGACACUGCAUUUUCAUCCAACAGGUUACUGGGUGGUCUUUUCUUAGCCUCGUUCAUGUUGGUGAUGAUCUGUGUCUUGAUCAAUCUAUUCCAAGCUGUUAUUAUGUCAGCUUAUGAAGAUAUGAAACAACCUGUGUAUGAAGAACCAUCUGGUGAAGCAGAAGUGGUUACUUUUCUAAUUAAAAAGCUCAGAAAGAUAUGGUAUCUUCUGAUCCAUAAAACACCCAGAACAGGUGACCCAGAUCUUCUUCACAGUGUACUCUAUGGGCACCCUCAGAGGAGACGUCACCGACAUUUAGGGCUCAAGAAAAGAAAAAUCAAUGGCAAAAAAAUGGUUUAUCUUGUCAUAUGAGCAAGGCAGGAUUUUGUAUUGAGGACUAACUUUACUCUGUGAUAUUUAUUUUUUCAAAUAAAUGCUCAUAAAUGUUUAAGAUAACUAUUUUUUUUUAAAGAAAUUCCUAACACUCAACCACUUGCUUUUGAUUGUGCUCAGAUUUUCUCUAGAAUGUUUUGCAUCCAUUUCAGAGGUACAUUACUGUCAUGGAAACUGGUACCAAUUUGACAUAGACAAUGAGUAAAGAACAAGCUCAGUAGACUACGAAUGGUAAUCUUGCCUCUGGCUAAGAGUGUCUGAGCAUAGCUAUGCUAAUAGAAGACUAAAAAUGGCCAGAGAUCUGAAAAUGUUGAUAAAAUCUUUACUACUCAAAGCAUAAAGAGUAAAAAAAAAAUAGGAUGGUUUAUUGUAGUUUGACCUGGCAUUUAAAAAUAGAAGUUCUCAACACUACAUUUACAUGUGUAUGCAGAUGACAUUGAUACAGUAUAACUUUUGGAAGUCAUUAAUGUUAGAUUAUAAAAUACUGUUACAUAGCCUAAGGGCGU